UACAACGCGAUCCUAACCUAAUAAACAAUUAUGCAACAAUUUAAUUCGGUCAUUCUUUUAAUUAACGCGGGCGCACAUGGUUUCUAUUGCAAUAAAUACCAGGUUAUGUUGGUCACCAUCGAUUGAUGAGCGAUUAAGCGAUAAGCUUACAUUUUAUGGAUGUUAAAUAACCUUGAUCGAUAUGUCCUAUUCUCGGAUAAUGUAAAAGUAGUAUAUUCUAAUACUAACUCUGACAUGUUAUGAUAUUUAAUUGUGCAUUUCGCGUGCAUGGUAAAAUAAAUUUAAAAAAGCAAGGUUUUAAAUAAACGAUACCAUUUACCUUUGGGUACUUAAUUGUUACAUAAGCUUAGUUGUUAGUUAAGCUUCAACGAGAUUGGUUGUAAGGUUAAUAAGGCAAUGAAUAUUGCGAGAGGAAUGAGGCCAACUUUUGGUAGAAUAAAUCACCUAAGGGAACGCUUAUUCUCUCCUAAAAAUUUAUUGUACACAAAUAUCGGGAUAUCGGUUUCUCUUUCUGGCAUAGGAGAUGUUGUGGAGCAACACUAUGAAAUAUUAAAGGGCGAAUGGGACAAAUGGUGCUUCACCAGAACAAGAAAUAUGUCUGUGUCCGGCAUGUCUAUCGGGAUAGUUUGUCAUUACUGGUAUAAUUUUCUAGAUACUAGAAUGGCUGGACGCACCAUUGGUAUAGUUCUAAAAAAAGUGAUUGUAGAUCAACUGAUUUGCUCGCCUCUUUGUAUAAGCACAUUUUUUUUAACACUGGCUUUAUUGGAGAACAACAGUUUAGCAGAAUUUAAGGAUGAAAUUAGAAGGAAGGCGCAUAAACUAUAUGUAGCCGAAUGGGUCAUAUGGCCUCCAGCGCAAGUCAUUAACUUUUAUUUCCUUCCCACGCGAUACAGAGUCUUUUACGAUAGUAUGAUAUCUCUCGGUUAUGACGUGUAUACCAGCCAUGUGAAAUACGAUAUCCAAACAGCUAAUAGAUAAUGUUAUUUUACUUAGCGAGAUAGUUUACAAAAUUAUAAAUACAAUUUAGGUAACAAAUGAAAUAGAACUUUGCUUCGUCAGUUCCCUGAAAACUUCCCUUGCUACGUACGUGCAUUGUAUGUAUAUUUAUUAAGCUAUGAAGUAGAAUAAUUUUAUAAAAUUAUGCAAAUGCAAAUUGCGUAAAAUAUAAGAUAUAAAACGUACAAAUAAAUAAACGGACAAAACGCCAAUCAUCACUUUUUAAUCGAGUUGGAAAUAAUUCUUAAAAAAAAUUGUAAAAAAAUGUUAUUUUACACAAUAAUCUUUGAAAUACAUGUGUAUUUUUUUAUU